AUGUCUAGCGAACAGCCCCGCCUGGAAUACGUCUCGAUUGCACCCCUCCUCAAAGUCCUGUCGGCCCCUCCACCGAAUAAUGAUGUACCGGCAGCCGACAUAGCUCUGGCCUGGUCAAGAACCUUUGAAAACCGCCUCAAUCCGACGCAGCUUGCCUCUCUGCUGACACUUCUGACAUCAACGGGCAAAGACAAACAUCCAGAUGUCGUAGCAAAAUGCGCGGAGGCGAUGCGAGAUGCCGCCAACUUGGUGGACCACAAAGCCCUGCGGCAGGUUAUAGGCAAGCGGAAGCUAGCACAAGGCACAUAUAGAGGAGGACUAUGUGAUAUUGUCGGCACAGGCGGCGACUCUCACUCGACUUUCAACAUUUCAACGUCCUCCUCCAUCAUUGCAAGCCCUCUCCUCAUGACCGCAAAGCAUGGCAAUCGUGCGCAAACCUCCAUGUCUGGUUCUGCAGAUGUUCUGAACGCGAUUCUACCCCGCCCUCCCAAACUUGAAGCCCUCACGACCGAGAAACUCCCCGAGCUCUACGAGAAGUCAAACUAUGCCUUCCUCUUUGCGCCCAACUUUCAUCCUGGCAUGAAGUACGCAGCUACAGUCCGCCGUGAACUUGGCCUCAGGACCAUCUUCAAUCUCAUGGGCCCGCUGGCCAACCCAGUCGAGGACCACAUCGAGGCCCGCAUUGUGGGUGUUGCAUACCAGGAGCUAGGGCCUAUCUUUGCGAGAGCGCUGCAGCUCAGCAAUGCAAACAAGGCAAUGGUUAUUUGCGGGCAAGAGGACUUGGAUGAGCUAAGCUGCGCCGGUCCAACCAAUUGCUGGUUCUUGCGCGAGAAGCCAAAUCCGAAAUAUAGGCCAGCUUCGAUCGCGAGCACUGAUACAGGCGAGGAUGAGGACGACGACGAAGAUCGUGAGAAGGAAUACAUCUCCGAGCUCGAAACUUUCACAGUCACACCCGAGGAUUUCGGCCUGCCCAGACAUCCUCUUAGCCAAGUGGGCGGUGGCAAACUGCCUAGGCAGAACGCAGGCGUGCUCAUGAGCAUGAUGAGGAACGAGCUACCGCCAGACAAUCCGAUCCUGCAUUUUGUGCUCAUGAACGUCGCAGCGCUACUCGUUGUCAGCGGCGUGUGCGAUGCCAACGAGUGCGAGAGUGGCCCGGUCAUUACGGAGACAGGCCCGGCGGGCUUGAGGUGGAAGGAGGGCGUCAAGAAGGCGAGAUGGUGCAUAGAGAGCGGGAAAGCGCUGCAGCAGUUGGAAGCCUUCAUUGAAUUCACGAACAACAUCUAG